GAAUUGGUUCUGAGGAAUCAUCAAAAAGAACCGCGCGAGUCGGACAUCAGUGUUAGUGUUGCAGUUUUAAAGAGGCUGCCGUGGAUCUGCUGCUGAUAUGGAGACUCUCACCAUCCACAGAGACGGAUCGUGCAACUUUACUGAGCCGACUGAACGGAUUACGCGCUUUCAUGGCUGCUCUCCUGUCACAUUAACAACUCCAAACAUGUCCAAAAGCCUGAAGAAGAAAAGUCAUUGGACUAACAGAGUCCACGAGGUUGUGUUAUCCAGGGGUCCGAGUGCGGAGCUUGGGUUCGAGCUGCAGGGAGGCGCGGAGAAUGGACAGUUCCCCGUUAUUGGAGAGAUGAAACCGGACAGGCGCAACCUGCACCAGGACGAGCUACUUCUGGAGGUCAAUGAUACUCCGGUGGCCGGACUGACCAUCAGGGAUGUGUGGGCUGUGGUCAGACACUGCAAAGACCCUGUCCGCCUCAAGUGUGUCAAGCCAGGAGGUGUUGUGGAUAAAGAUCUCAGGCAGUAUCUCAACCUGCGUUUCCAGAAGGGCUCUUUGGACCACGAGCUGCAACAAAUAAUUCGGGACAACCUCUAUCUUCGUACGGUACCCUGUACAACCAGACAGCCUAAAGAAGGAGAGGUCCCAGGGGUAGACUACAACUUUGUGACCGUUGAGCGGUUUGUGGAAUUGGAGAGAAGUGGAGCUUUGCUGGAAAGUGGAACUUAUGAAGAUAACUAUUACGGCACCCCGAAGCCCCCGGCAGAGCCCAGCCCACUGCUGCUGAAUGUAGCUGAGCAGCUGUUGCCAGGCGCUACACCCAGAUCACAGGGCAAACGCAGACGUAACAAGUCCGUAAGCAACAUGGAAAAAGCUGGCAUCGAGCCACCCGAGGAGGAAGAGGAGGAGAGGCCCGUCAUCAACGGCAACGGAGUGGCCAUCACCCCAGAGUCCAGUGAACAUGAAGACAAGAGUACAGACGCCUCAGGAGAGAUGCCCACCACAUGCCCCUCCGAGACCUCCACAGAUGCCCCUAAAGAAGAGACAGAACCACCAAAAUCACCCCCAAAACUGGACGAGAAUGACGAGUUGGGUCCUCUGCCAGAUAACUGGGAGAUGGCUUACACUGAGAAAGGAGAAGUGUACUUUAUAGACCACAAUACAAAGACGACGUCCUGGUUGGACCCCCGGCUUGCGAAGAAAGCAAAGCCCCCUGAAGAAUGCAAAGAGAACGAGCUUCCUUAUGGCUGGGAGAAAAUUGAUGACCCUGUUUAUGGAACCUACUAUGUUGAUCACAUAAACCGAAGGACUCAGUUUGAGAACCCAGUUCUAGAGGCCAAGAGAAGAUUGCAACAGCAGCAGCAGAUGCAGAGUCAGGGCUUGUCCUCUCUUCCCCUACCUACAGUCUACAGAGUGGAGGAGAGCCCCUCCUCUGCCACCUUACCCAGGGCCAGACUGGCAUACGUGGGUCCCGCUCCUGAGCGCUCUCAUAGUCUCACUGACCUGUCCGAGGCCCCCCUAUACCGGGCCGGUGUGUUUGGACUGCAUGAGAAGCCUCUGUUCACGCGGGACCCCACGCAGCUGAAAGGCAGCUUUCUGUCUACAGCCCUACAGAAAAGCAACAUGGGAUUCGGCUUCACUAUCAUCGGUGGUGACGAACCAGAUGAGUUCUUACAGGUCAAAAGUGUCAUUCCGGACGGGCCUGCUGCACAGGAUGGGAAAAUGGCUACAGGAGAUGUGAUUGUCUACAUUAAUGACGUCUGCGUCUUGGGCACCACCCACGCUGAUGUGGUGAAGCUUUUCCAGUCGGUGCCAAUCGGACAAAGCGUAACCCUCGUCCUUUGCAGGGGUUACCCUCUUCCAUAUGACCCGGAGGACCCAGCCAGUACUUUGCUGUCCCCCCUCAGUCUAAUUGAUCGCCAUCUGUUGGUCAACGGACGGAAUAGCUACGACAGCUACAUGGAGUACAUCUCCCGCACCGCUCGCUUCGUCGACCCAAUCCAAACGGCGUUGGCGCAGCCUCACCCUGGAGACACCCACCUGGACGCCGGACCGCUGGAGGACAGCGUCUCAAUGGCGUCGUCAGGGGCGGCCGGAGGGGAGCUGCUAACAGUUACCAUGGUGAAAGGGGCGGAUGGGUUUGGAUUCACCAUAGCAGACAGUAAUGGAGGACAGCGGGUGAAUCAGAUUCUGGAAGCACAGGGGUGUCCUGGGCUGUGCGAGGGCGAUCUGAUUGUGGAAAUUAACCAGCAACCUGCGCUAACGCUGUCACACACACAGGUGGUGGAGCUGCUAAAAGAAUGUCCUGUUGGGACGGAGGCCAUGUUGGUUGUGCAGAGAGGCGGAGCAGGUCACUUUUCACCUUGGAAGACUUCUAAACAGGUCUUGGAACAUUGGGAUCCUUACAGCAGUCCCACAGCCAGUCUAUCUAUCCAUGCUCUCCCUCACAGCGCUCCAUAUCUGCACUGGCCCUCAGGUCCAGAGUUUGACCUGACCAAGCCUGACCCCUAUGACCUGUAUGAGAAGUCCAGGGCUAUCUUUGAGAAUAGGCAGCCAGGGCUUCCUCGAGCAGCUCUCUCAGCUGACCCUUCCGAGUUCCAGGAGGUGGAGGUGCAUUUGCGAAGACAGAAGUCUGGUUUCGGCUUCAGGAUCCUGGGCGGAGAGGAACCAGGACAGCCUGUGAGUCCGGAGGCUCAGGAGAAGAUCCUGAUUGGUGCAAUCAUUGAGAAGAGCCCAGCAAAUAAAGACGGGCGUCUUCGGCCAGGAGACGAGCUGAUGUCAGUCGAUGGGAUCCCUGUGGCUGGAAAACCCCACCGAUACGUCAUUGACCUCAUGCAUGGGGCGGCCCGGACUGGGCAGGUUAAACUCACUGUACGACGGAGAAUUCAGUCCACAGGUGAACACUGUCCAGAAAACGGCCGCAGUCCUGGAUCAACCCAGCAUAGUUCCCCCAGGAGUGACUUAAACUCCAGAAUGUUCUGUAACAACUCCGCCCCCUUGCAUAACUCUGCCCCAUCCACCACAGGCUCCUCCCCACCAGACACUGUAGCCAAUCAGAAUCUGCAGCCUAGCGAUGUCACCAUCCAGCGCAAGGAAAGCGAAGGGUUCGGAUUCGUUAUUAUCAGUUCACUGAACAGGUCUGAAUCCGCGGCUGCUGCUGCCGUACCCCAUAAGAUCGGCCGGAUCAUUGAGGGAAGUCCAGCAGACCACUGUGGGAAGCUCAGGGUUGGAGAUCGUAUUUUGGCUGUCAACAAUCAGUCUAUCAUCAACAUGCCACAUGCCGACAUCGUCAAACUGAUCAAGGACGCGGGACUCAGCGUCACACUCAGGAUCAUCCCUCAGGAGGAGACGAACAGCACGCCUUCUGCAGGCAGCUCAGAGAAGCAGAGCCCUAUGGCCCAGCCCAGUCCAGUUUGCCAACCCAGCACUGUGAACCAGACCGGUGCUGCCCAUCCAGCCAAUUCCACCCCUCAACUCAACUCUGCACCUCACCCCAGUCCCAUAAUGCAGCAUAGUUCAGAAGCACAACCAAGCCCUGUCACUCAAUCCAGCCCAGCCAAUCAGCCCGGCUCAGUGACCCAACAGAACCCACCCACCCAGCCAUCCGCAGUGCCAGUACAGAUCUACAGCCAUGACAGCAGGUCAGAGGUGAAAGCAAGGCAGGAUGUAAAACCUGAUAUUCGGCAGCCGUUCACUGAUUACCGGCAGCCCCCGGUGGACUACCGACACCCUCCUGUAGCAGACUACCGACAGCCACCAACGCUCGAUUAUAGACACCCCCCGCUGCUGGACUACAGACAGCUGUCCACUGACCCUCGCACCUUCCCCUUACCCGACUACAGGAUGCCACAGGAUUUUGAUUACUUCACGGUUGAUUUGGAAAAGGGUAUGAAAGGUUUUGGCUUUAGUAUCCGUGGAGGCCGCGAGUAUAAGAUGGACCUGUUCGUUCUGCGAUUGGCUGAAGACGGACCAGCAAUACGCAAUGGAAGAAUGAGGGUUGGUGAUCAGAUCAUUGAAAUAAAUGGAGAGAGCACGAGGGAUAUGACCCACGCGCGGGCCAUUGAGCUCAUCAAAUCGGGUGGCCGUAGGGUUCGCCUGCUGCUCAAGAGAGGCACAGGGCAGGUCCCUGAAUAUGCAGAUAGUCACGCCCCCUGGGAUGCUCACACUACAGCCGCCCCAAGUCUGUCGGAAGUAGCACCACCCCUCGACAGCUUACCUAAUCCAUCAGCUUCUUCUCAUAUGAACCCACCCACCAACCCACCUCAUACAUCGUCCUUGGAAGCAGUAGGUCCAGACUGUUCCCAGGGUCCAAGAGGACCAGAGAGUAGGGCUCUGGAGCAGGCCAGUGUGGGGAAGAGGUCAGCCCUGGCAGGUGGAGUUGGGGGUGGGACCAAGCAGAGGGAGGGUAGCAGGACCAACCGUCGCUCUAGUGGAGGGAAGAGUCAGCAACAGUACCUUGAUGAACUUGCGGGAGAGCCCAAAUCCCUCAAAAGUAGCCGGGCAAAGUCCAAGGAGCGCAGGAGGGAGCGGAGCAACACACCAUCUCGAAAGCGAGACUCACCUAAAACUUCUCUAGAUAACACCAACAUGAAUGGGGGAAACGGAUGCUUAGAUGGUUGCAACAACCAACAUGGAGCUCUGGUGCCAUUCAAAGCCCUAACAAAGGAACCAGAGAAAGGGCAAAUGAGUCGUCCCAGCCACAAUUCCAAGACCAGCAACAGUGCAUCAAGCAGGAAGACCACAGUAUCCCCAGGGCCCUGGAAGAUCCCUGGUUCGGACAAGCUUCCCAGUACCCUGCACUCAGCCACCUCCACCAUCAGCAGAUAACAUCUCAUCAUAAUCUCAGGCCCAAGUUCACACCUUACUUUUGGCCUUGACUACUUUUGGCCAAGUUUUGGACCAAUCUUUGGCCAUGAUCUGCCUUGAUUUGGGACUGGUUGGGCUUGGGCUCUUCUUGAUUGCUUUUCACAGGCUUGCUCUACUUGGAAGAGAUUGGUUUUAACCUUGACUAAGUACCACCCUUUCACAAUCCUAAAGACCUUUCCAUGCAUUUCUAGACAGAGCAUUUUUUAUUUAUAUUUUAUUCUAAGUUAUUUUAAUGGAUAUGACACCCACCACCUUAAGAACUGGAAGCAUCCACUCAAAAAAUAGAACCACGGUGGAAUGAGUGAUGCAUGUUGCGUGCAAAAAGAAUCCCAGACUUGUUUGAACUUGGGGGAAAAGCACUCAAGAUUCAGAGAUGUACAUUCAGAGAGAACCACUGACUCUUGAACCACCACUGGUGGCUACAGCAAUUUUUAUACACUUUCAUUAAAAAAUGAAGAAUACUGAAGGAGUUGCCUGAUAUAUAGUUUUUGUGUAUUUGAAGAAUGAAUAUGAUUAAAAAGCUUCUAUAUAAGUGGACGCUCGACUAUGGAACUCUGCCUUAAAGACUGACCUGCAGAUGUCUGUAUAAGGGUCGGUAAAAUGAAUAUAGAAAUAGAUAUAUUAUAUGACUGCAUAUAUGUGAGACAUAUUGUAAAUAUGGUCUUUACACACCAUUGUGAGCCCAUACUUGAGUACUGAUAUCAUACACAGUGUAAUCUAGAAUUCAUUCCUAUUCCACUUUUAGGUGCGUUCCCACUGACAGCGAUAUAAACUUAAGUGGUUGCCAAUAGGUGUUACUACUCAACUUCAAUAUAGAUUUGUAACAGGAAACAGAUCACAUGACCUUCACUGUCUACACUGACAUCGGUAGUUGAAGCCUCAAGUUCAAGAUCAAUGCCGAUGGUCGCUUGUGUCUCUUAAAAUCGCGAACUCUUAUUGAUGAUUUAUGACUACCAGUUGCUGCAAAUCCCUGUGUGAGUACCAGUUUCUGAAGUAGCCAAUGAGCUUUGACCUUCUCUUGACUCUCAAUCUAUUCUCCCUUUACGUGAGCACACAGACAAAGCAAUUUGAGUCCAAGAUGAUUUUGAUGAAAUAUAGAAUGGUUUGAUUAGGGCAGAGUGCCUUGUGCCAGGGGUGUCCAAUCCUGCUCCUGAAGGGCCAUUGUCCUGUAGAGCGUAGCUCCAAUACUAAUUAUACACACCUGAACCAGCUAAUAAAAAACUUCAGGAUUACUAGAAACAUCCAGGCAAGUGUGUUGGGGCAGGUUGGAGAUAAACUGUGCAGUACAGAAGUGGACACCCAUGCCUUAUGCAGACCACUUGAUGCUUUAUUGGAGCUCCAAAUUAUAGGCAACGACAUAAAAAAAAAAAAAACCUUGGCUGCUAUAAAUUCAUUGGAUAACUUGUUCCGUAGAAACUGUGCAACAGUAAUGCCAGAACUGAAUGAGUAUGUGGUCGCAUCCCUGUCUCUGAAUGCUGAUUUGUGACUAGAGAGGCUGAUUUUUGUUCACAGUAUAGAUAUAUCCACAUAAAAUUCAAAGCUAUUUUCAUACAUAGAUAGAAAUAGAGGUGAGAGUCUUCUAAAAGAAGUGCAGAUAUUUAUUAAUGAUAUCUUUGACAGGAGUUCAAAUGUUUGUUAAGCACUUUGUCUUUAAGUAGACGUGUAAACAUAUAAAAUGCAGUACCGGAAAGAGUAUAUGCUGUGCAUCCAUGAUAUUCAUUGAAUAUUUCCGAGGAAGUUAAUUCUCAAAAUCCUGCUAUGAAAAUUUGUUUAUUAGCAUAUUCCCAUAUAAAAGGUUAUGUGUUGGUAAGUCUCUUUCACAUGGUUCCUGCUAAUAGCACAUAGUGAAAGUACAUGAAAAAGGUAAUGUAUGCUAUUUGUGUUUUUUAUUUUUCUUUGAAUGUCAUCAUCUACCUUGUGCUGUAUUUAGAUGUAUCUACAUAGACACAGUUUAUCAGACUCUACUAGCUAAGCUAGUAGGCUAAGAUGUUAGCUUGCUAAUCGAAGGCUAACUUAAACACAAAGAACCAAUUAAAAGGUCUCAGCUAAUGGAAUUUCUUUGAGAUUUCUUUGGUAACGCUUUGAAAAAUCCACAGUAAAUGAGGUCAGAGUUGAAAAUGUUUGAACUUUAAGUGUCAUGUUACACAUCUGUGUGCAACACAGCAAGGUGGCUGAAGUCCCAUUCACACCAAGGCGCUAAUGAUAACUAUAAAGUUGAGAGUAGGGUAAUGACGCAGAGGAGAAUCACUUUCUUCUUUUUUUCAGCUGAUGAAUCAUAAAAUCACUGACAACCAGAAUCAGAAUCCACCAUUAUAAAAUUGAGUUAGCAUUUAAAGGAGCAGACAACAUGACUGCAUUGUUUGCUUGUAAUAAACUGAAUGUUAUUGUGAGUUGAUGUGGAUGCUAACUUAGUUAUCAUUUUAGUUAUCAUUCCUGCUGUGAAUGGGACUUUUCACUCUAGCUUGAUUCUUGCUCCAUUGAGUUUAAUGGACUGGGGAACAUUGAUGCGAGUCGUGUGAAAGGGCUUAAUACUUGGGCUUAAAAAAGUAACCGUUUGAAAUGUUAAGGUGUAAUUUUACAAACUUUUCGGUUACAUCUGGGCCUCAGUACACAUUAUUAUUCUGUGUUUUCUUUCAUAAUUCACAUUUUUAUGAGUUACAUUGCCAUAAAUGUCACUGACAUAAAUAAAUAUACCAUUUUACAAUC